AUGCAAGCUUCUUUGGAAGCGUAUGAACUUUGGGAAACUGUGACGAAAGAAAAACCACUUGCUGCUCUACCAGCAAAUCCUACCUUGGCUCAGAUCAAAUCCAACAACGAAGAGAAGUCAAAGAAAUCUAAAGCCAAGUCGCUUAUGCAGAAUGCUGUGGCAGAUACUGUGUUUUACAGAAUCAUGGCUUGCAAAACUGCAAAAGAGGCUUGGGAUAGGUUGAAAGAAGAAUAUCAAGGCAGUGAUAGAACACGUCAAAUGCAAGUGUUGAACCUGAAAAGAGAGUUUGAGUCCUUGAAUUUGCAGGAGGAUGAAACUAUCAGUAAGUAUGCUGAUCGAAUCUCAUUAAUUGUUAAUAACAUUAGACUUUUUGGUGAAGAAUUUACAAAUAAACGAAUUGUGGAGAAAGUUCUUGUGACUCUUCCUGAGAGAUUUGAAUAUAAUAUUUCCUCUCUUGAAGAAUCCAAGGACCUGAGCAAACUUUCAUUAGGUGAACUAAUGAGUGUUCUUCAAGCACAAGAGCAAAGGAGGACUAUGAGACGGGAAAAGUUCAUUGAAAGAGCUUUAUCUGUACAAAAGCAAAAAGGAAAGCAACAAUUACACCAAAAGAAUAAGGGCAAGCAUGAUGGAGGAAACAAUAGUGGAGAUGUGAAGCAGAAGUUCCCUCCUUGCAAACAUUGUAAAAGAAAUACACAUCUGGAGAAGUAUUUUUGGUAG